AUGAGUUGUUUCAUAUCAAACCUCCCAAACAACAUCUUAGAAGAGAUCUUCUGCAAACUCCCAAUCACAAAUCUUAUUCAAUGCAGAUUCGUCUGCAAAUCAUGGAAACAUAUUCUUGGAAGCCCUCACUUUAGCAAACUUCAACAUCAACUCACUGACACGGUAUUUUGUGUGGAGGAGAUAAAGAAAUUCAACAGAUAUCCAAGCAAAGAAGAGUACAAGAGAAACAUCCGUUGGUUUGAAUUUAAAGAGAAACCUAGCUUCAUCAAUUUAGAAGGAAACUGCAAUAUUGUCCCAAAAAGUUCAGACUCGUCGUUCCAAUUCCGGUUCAUCAACUCAUGCAAUGGCUUGGUUUGUGUGCUGGCAGUUCCUUCAUACCAUAUCUUUCCUAAUGCUGUUUUCAUAAGCAUAGCAAAUCCUGUUACAGGUGAAUCGAUGCAUCUUCCUCCAUUAAAUAAGGGAAGGUGUUUAAACUGGUAUUUAUGCGGAUUAGGGUUUAGUCCCAAGACUAACCAAUUCAAGGCUGUUAGAGUUUCCUCCGAAGGACAAGAUUGUCAAGCUGAAGUAUGCACAAUCGGCACUAUCUCCUGGAGAAGCAUCGAGGCUCCCCUCCAACUACAUGAUUAUUUUACACAAAACAAUCACGACUUACGCUUUAAAAGCGUAGUAUUUGCCAAUGGAUCUCUUCAUUGGCUUGUCAAAAGAACAGAAUUGCAAAGUAUUGAAAUUUGGGUUUUCGAUUUGGAUACUGAGAAAUUUAGACAAAUGGCAGCGCCUCCUCCUUUUCGAGAAGAGUUUGAAAAUGCCGGUAUGAUAGGUGCAUGCACUUACAAAGACACCCUCCUUGUCUGGGCGAGUAGAACUUUCCUGGAGGUAUGGCAGAUGAAAGAAUAUGGAGUUGCAGAAUCAUGGACUAAAAUACUUUUCAUUAAAGAAAGAUAUGCUGUACUUGAACCCUUUAUCUUCUUAAAGAAUGGGGAUAUAGUGUUAUUGAGAUGUCAGGACUUGUAUUCGUAUAAUCCUGAUAAGGAAAAGUUUACAAGGCUGACCGAUCGUGGGAAUCCAUUUCAGAACAGCGCUACACUAAUCGACGGGGCAAAUGGCUAUGAUACAGUUAUAAAAUACGAAUACAGAUGGUUUGUUCACAAACCGAGCUUUGUUUCGCUCAAAGAUACGGUGGCGCAAGACAACUGA